CCACCAGCCUAUAUUGUUCUAAGAACCCAGGGUCACCUGUUUCCUGUUUGCUUUUCUAGAACCACCUGCAGUCGGUUCUGUACCCUGACAGGCGAAGGUCUUGUGAGGGUGCACAUUCUUUCCCAUCCUGAGUAAAUCCCUUUCAUCAGUACAUCUGCUCCGGAGUUUUGCAGCCUGACCCUAAUUUUCUAAUACACGCACAGAUAUGCGUCCACAAGGGCUUUUCAAAACUGUUACACCACAGGCACACACAGUGCCACUCCCAGAAACCGCCGCUAGUGACAUGAGGAUGGGGCUCUGAGCUGCGGUGCUUGCCCGGCAGUAAAGAAUUGCUUUCUUGGAUCCUGCCGCCUUGUUCCCUCUGACAGACCGGCUAUGCAGUGGGGCCGGAAGAGGUCACGACCCGCCACGGGAGGCUCCACGUGGCCUCAGCCUGUCUGUAGGGAAGCGGCUCAAAGAUCCGGUCCGGGGCAGUUCUCUCGGGGCGGGAGCUCGCCGGCCGGCCGGGUCCUGUUAGGUCAUCUGCAGACCGCACCUCAGCGGCAAGGACGCGGAGAGACAGGACCCGGACGUCCCCGCCACCGCGCGGCUCCGCCUGCCCGGGCGGCCCGGCUGCUCGGGUAUUUACGGCGCGGCUCCAGGCGGCCGCCUCGGCUUCGGCUUCGGCUUCGGGGCUCGACGACCGGCGAGGCGCGGAGGGCGUGGGUCCGGGCCCAGGAGCAGGAUGGGCUGCGGGCCGAGCUGCCGCCGGCGCCCCGGGAAGGGGCAGUGGACACCACACUGACAGGAAGGUCCCUCCGUCAGCUUCUUCUCCUGUCAGACUCAGCCAGUUCAGGCCAGGGUUGGAUGAAGCAUCCUGAGGGGCACCGAGAACAGGAGCAGCCGCCCGAUCCAGGGCCCCAGGAACUGAGUCCCCUGAAUAAGGACGCAGCCACAACUGCCCAGCUGUGCUCAGCUGAGGAGGCCGAGCAGCACCAGAGCCAGAGGGACAUCGCCCGGCUCCUGCAGCGACAGGAAGAGGAGAGGAAGUGGGCCCAACAGGUGGAGGAGCAGGAGCUGCAGCUCCAGGAGAGGCUGGAAGAGCAGCGCCUCGCCCUGGAGGGACAGCACGAGCAGGCCCUGCGAGUCCUCCAGGCGUCCUGGGAGCAGGAGAAAGCAGCCCUUACCCACUCCUUCCAGGAGGCCAAAGCGGCCCUUCAGGGAAGGAAGUUUGGAGACAAGAACACAGCUUGUACUUGGAGCAGAGAUGUGAUGUUGGCUGCGGGACAGAAUGUGGAGACAGGAGCAGACACCGUAGCAGAACUGAGCGCCCAGUUGGAGGCCUUCCAGGCCAAGAUGAAGAGGGUGGAGGAGUCCAUUCUGACCCGAGACUAUAAGAAGCACAUCCAGGACCAUGGGAGCCCCAGCCAGUUCUGGGAGCAGGAGCUGGAGAGCUUGCAUUUUGUCAUCGAGAUGAAGAGUGAGCGGAUUCAUGAGCUGGACAAGCGGCUGAUCCUCAUGGAAACCGUGAAAGAAAAAAAUCUGAUGUUGGAGGAAAAAAUCACAACCCUGCAACAGGACAAUGAGGACCUGGUCGUCCAAGCCCGGAACCAGGCGGUAGUGUCAAGGCAGCUCUCGGAAGACCUGCUUCUGGCCCACAAGGCCCUGGAGAAGGAGUCGUACGCCCGGCAGCAGCUGCAGCAGGAGAAGGAGGAGCUGCUGUACCGGGUCCUUGGGGCGGACGUCCCCUCCACCUUCCCCCUGGUCUCUGUCACCCCCACGGAGGUCUCCUUCCUGGCCACCUAGGGCAGGGCCCGGCCCAUCCUGAUGCCUGUAGUGACAACUCCCACCAAGACUUGGAGAAGCCGCGGAGCUGCUCGGUUCUUCUCCCAGGAAGGCACGAGGGCAGGGGCGAGGUGGGGAGCCCAGGUGUGUGGAGCCCAGAGCCCGGGGCUGGGGCCACGAGGGUCACCCAGGGGCACUGCAGGCCCUGGGAACACGCAAGAGGAGUCCUCUGUCCCGUGUCUGUCACCCAAAUCAGGGAAACUGAGGCUUUUCCCUGGGGCCACCUGACAAUGGGGAGCCCGCCAUGGUCCCAGCUUGCAGCCCUGCUGCCAGCUCACAGUUCUGUGCUGCUCUGUUCCCAGCCUCAGUUUCCCCUGCUCUGAGACAGCUAAGGUACCUGUCAGUGACUCGAGAGGCGGCAGUGUCCGAGAGCAGGCCUGCCUGAAGGAGGUCAGGCUAGGGGCUGAGGCUGGACGCGUCCUGACUCAGAGGGGAAGGUGGGCGGCUGGCCGAGGUCCCGCAGGCCAGUGCUCCCAGUCCCUUAGUCCCAGAGGCCACGUCCGGGGGUCUGAGGACCCUCAGCAGGCAGAGCGGAACCCUUGGCCCUGUACAGGUGAGAAAGCUGGAGUGGGGAGCAGGCCCCAGAGUCAGAAUGGGAUCGCACCUGUGGGCAGGUCUCAGCCUGCUGCUCCUUCUCUUCUCCCAGGCUCUGGGGACAUCAGGUCUGUGGCAUAACCUUCUGCUACUGACCCCACUCCCAGGUCACCCUCUCCCCUGCUGUCUGUCUUCACUCCUCCUGCCAUCCCGGACCCUAGGCCCCAGGCCCGGGCCUCCCACAUGGCCCUCAGCUUCGCCAUCAGUGAGAAAAGGGUUGGCUGGAAUCCAGGCGUGGUAGUGCACGGCUAUCAUCCCCACACUCGGGGAGGCUGAGGAAGGAGGGUUGGAAGUUCAAACCCAGCCUGGGCACCUUAGCGAGACCUUGUCUCAAAAUAAAAAGGUCUGGGGUUAUAGCUCAGUCCCCACUACACACACACACUGCGCCGGUGGGGCUGGAGUGACAAACCUCAGCAGGCCGCCCAGCCAGUCUGUGGAUCAGAUUCUUCUCAGGAAGCUCAGGGUCUGAUCAUGAAAGUGCUUCCACACAGCUUCGCUCCCUUCAUCCUCAUAAGACCCUUGAAGCAAGUGUCUGUCCGUCCUUAGCAGCAGACAGAAGGAGCUCACCAGAGUUAAAAGGCCCCAGCUUCAGCACAAGCCCUGGCCCAGCUCACCGGAAGUCGCCCUGGGGAGGAGCAGACAUGUCAUUUUUCAUGGGACUUUUCCCAAAGCAAAACAGAUCUGCAGUCUGUGGGACUUCUCCAGCCUUCAAUGUGCUAACGUGCUUUGCAAAUUCUCACACAGGAAGCAAUGUAUUGAGCAUCUGCCAAACUUCUUCAGGCUGCAGGAUGCACUUUAGAAAGCUGCCUCCUAGCUGAAAGGGGCAGGGGUUUCCAUCCUGCACCCUGUGGUGGACACGCAGGAGAAAUAAACUCCGGUCAGACCCUUAUCAGGGCCAGGCAAGCUAUGGACGCUAAAAGGAACAUGAAAUAUCUUAUUUCUUUGGUCUCUGCUUUUCCUGGGAGAAGAGAGAGGUGGCCAGGAUCUUUAAGGAAUAAAUUCCGGGGCCUGGGCCCCCAGGCCCUUCUGAGCUCCCUUCUCAGGUACCAGAACGUGGCUCAGCCCCAGCUUUGGAGGUGGCACCUGGCCAGGGGUGGAGGUGGACUGGAGGGAGGGUGGGGAGGGAGCUGCUGCAGGGAAGAGCGGGAAGACAGCACCAGGGCGAGCACAGGGUGAAGGAGGAGGUCUCUGCUGGGAGUGGCAGCCUUCAUAAAGCAGCCCUGCAGUGCCCAGGUGCCUACUGGUGCCACCCGUGCCCGCCUCUUGCUCCACACCCGAGUGCAGGCAGCGGGAGGCAGUGAGGAGGAGCUAAGGAAGGUGUGAGAGACAUGAGGGCUUCGGGCCACGUGGACAUGGGUGGUGGCCCUGCAGGUGUAGAUGCCAGCAUCCCCAGCCCUGGACUCUUCCACAUCCAAGGUGCUCUCAGCCUGCUGCUGAGCCUGGCCCUCUCGGUGGAUAACCUCGGCCUGCUCGCUGACACAGGGGGGUCGGCCUAGCUGCAGGUGACACAGAAACUGCCCAUUAGCUGUUCCGGGUGCCUGUCCAGCUUAGGCACCAGGCAACCCUUCAGGGAAAUGACAUGCAUGUGACCCUUGGUGCCAGAGCUCCUUGAAGGCCAGUUCUUUGUGAAAACCUUUAUGCUUCUCAGGUCCCUGGAGAGAAGCCGGGGUCUCCUUCCUGCUCAGGAAGUACUCUGGAGGAAACUGGGCUCUGAAUGGCAUUUCCGGUGUGGGUCUGUGGUCCUCUGGCCCUAAAGGAUGGUUGUCAGUGCUUCGUGUGUCCGCAUGGCAGGUGAAGUGCGGGUCCCAUGACCAGGGUUUGGAAAAUGCUGAGUAAAUGGGACCUAGACCUGACCCUUUCACGUGUACAUGUAUGUGCCAACUCCCAAAGGUGCGGGGUGAGUGUCAUCGGCAGUAUUUUCCCCAGAACACCAUUUUGGGCGCCGGAGCAUGCAGGAGAGGGCUCUAGUGUUCUACCACUGCAAGGGACACACCCGGAAGAUACUGGCCCGGCAAAGCCACCUCCCAGGCAUCUCUGUUCCUCCCCCUCUCGGGUCUCAGUUUGUCUCCUGCCAGGUGGAAGAAUGAUCCCCCCAUCAGCUCCUGCAGCCCUGGAGUUUCUUCUUUGUGCCAUCCUGGCUGGAGCCGGCCUAGGUAGGUCAGCACAGGGAGAAGAGAGGUUCAGGCAGGGCGCUCCUGAUGUCCUGGCUCCGGAUGCCCAGAGAUGGGCAAGACGGAGCGGAGCUCAGGCAGUUUAAGUUCAGGAACAGCACAUCCUGACUGGUGUGGCUCCUCAGCCCGGCCCCUCGGCUCCCUGCCUGCUCAGCAGCUCACAGUGUGAGGUGGGUGUGCAGCUCCUGUGACAGGCACACGCACUCCCUCGCUUUUGCUCCUGCUGCCUCGGGCCACACAGCCUUCCACACACAUAAGUCCACCCUUCAAGGCUCCUGUCAAGUUCCAGCUCAUCCAGGAAGCUCUUUUAAGAAUUCCUAAAGUCCUUGGUGUUCCUGGCACACUUGGCCACAGCUGCUCUCUGGAGGUUUCAAGCUCUUGGAGAGGAAGGAGCAUCAUCAGCACCACUACCACCUCUCUACCAUCACGUGGGGAAGGUCUGGCCCACGCCACGCCCCGGAAACAGGCGAUUCACGAGUCAUCUCAUCCUCACAGCCGCAGGCCUGGGCAUUUGCUCGCACCCCGUCUUCGCGUGGUUGGGGCCACCCUGGUCACACCUUGAAGAUGACUCCUUGACCACUCUAAUUUAAGCAGACCUGAACAGAGCCCGGUUUUGCUCCAUUAUGGCACUCGGCAGUUCCUAUGCGAUCCUCCUCCCCUCUCCCUGCUUAGAGCAUAAGCUUGCGGGCCGCAGAAACCUCGUCUCUUUGACCAGCACUGUAAUCUCAGCACCUGGCACAGUGCUUGGCACAUGGUGGCAGCUCAAUAAUUACUGUCAGAUAAGUGAACAAAGGAAUAAAUUCUACCUCCUUUGGCAGUGA